AUGACGAAGAGGGAGAGAGAGAGAAAAAGUAGUAGUAGUAGCGGCAACGGUGGCGGCGUUGGCGUUGGCGGUGACGGCAGUGGUGGCAAUGGUGGCAGCGAUGGUGACGGCAGUGGUGGCGUCGAUAGUGGCAGCAGUGGUGGCGGCGACGGCGACAGAAGUGGCAAUAGCGGCGGCGGUUGUGGCGACGGCAACGGCAGUGAUGGCAGUAGUAGCAAUAAUGGCGGCGACGGCGGCGGCGGCGGUGGCAGUGGUUGCGACGGUGGCUGCUACAGCGGUGUCAGUGGUGGCAAUGGUGGCAGCGAUAGUGGCGACAGUGGUGGCAGCGAUGGUGGCGGCAGUGGUGGUGGCGGCUGUGGUGGCUACGACGGUGACAGAAGUGGCAAUAGCGGCGGCGGUUGUGGCGACGGCGAAGGCAGUGGUGGCAAUGGCGAGAGAAUCAAUGCUAAUCAAGUUAGUAACAAGAUGGUUGUAGAAGCUGCUACUACCACUACUACUACUACUACAACUACUGCUGCUGCCACUACCAUUACUACUACUGCCAAAACUGCUGCUACUUAG